UUUCAACUGCAUAAUAAGAAUCGUGUACCAUAAAUUCAUUGUCAUGGAACAGUACAUUGGCUAUACUAUGGAUUAUUGCAGUUUGUUUACAUCAAUUUCCUUGAUGUUAACAUUGGCCCAGUUACAGUAGGCAUAUAAACUCCUGCAGUGAUAUUUCCUGGUUUAGACCAAUACAUGUAAGCCUAUAUACCGGUGUGAUUUCUUAUGUGUAAAUGACUUUUUGCCUAUACUAGUAAAGAAAGGUUCUACCAUGGACGAGGCAGUCAAUAAUUCAACUACACGUCCCGAAUUACAGGAUUUAAUCCACGACAACGCGUGGCUGAUAACUCUGCGAUUCGUGGUCGUGGGUUUUGGAAUCGUGCUCAACAGUGUUGUCACUGGAGUGUUCAUGUACACACGAAUGUACAGAAAGUCAUUACUACACGGAUUAAUCGUCCAACAAUCGUUCGUGGAUUUCUUUGGUUGUUGUUUCUUUCUUAUAUUUUAUAAUCAAGACGCACCGAGUGGAAACUGGGGGAGAGCUUUUUGUAGAUCUCGUAGUCUCUUCUGGUUUGCUUCAUCAACGUCAACGUACAAUCUUCUGAUAAUAACCAUCGAACGAUUUAUUGCGGUCGUGCAUCCAAUAACUUACAGAAAAAAAAGCAUUGGAAAAAGGUCUCGGUUGUUUUACAUCAUACCAUAUAUUAUUGGGUUCUUGAUUUCAUUCCAUCUCGCGAUUAUCGCCGAUCUCAACGAUGAUCUAAUCGGAGAGUGUGUGUAUAAUGCGAAUCGUGGUUUCAGUCUUUUUUCAGGUCUUGUUAUUUUUACUGGACUUUUUUUCCUCCCGGCAUGUUUUAUGUCUUACUGCUACGGUCGAAUCUUGAUGGUGUUCCGUAAAAGAGCAAAGGCACGGCAAGAGAACGCUGCGAGAGGCCCAGGAGGUACUGAUAAGCCACCAAAUAAAAGAUCUUAUCACGUAUCCACGCAAAGAAACCUGGUGUACACGAUGUUGUUCGUCGUUAUUGGAUUCAUUUUUACGACUGCUCCUAACUUCACUAUGUACCUGGUGUAUAAUAUUUGUAGGUGUUUCGAAUUCAGCACCAUACUUGCACAUGAAAUAACUGUGCUCAUCUACGCAUGCAAUAUGUGUAUCAACCCGAUCAUUUACGGAGCGAAGAUGAAUGAAUUCCGCAGUGGUGUGCUAAACAUUUGGCGUAGAACAAUUAAGUUUCUGACGGGUGCGGACAUUGCAGACGAAUCAACGUGCGUUGAUAACUCUCUAUCUCAGAGUAACAACGAUACACUGAACAUUGAAAACAAUGAUAAGGAAUGACUAUUAUGUAUAUUAAGUUUGCAUACAUGUAAUUGUCUACCUAUCUAUCACCAUUUAAACAAUGUUAGAGAAUGCAUCGUCAAGUAGGCCCUAUGCCUAAAACGUGGCGCAUUAAAUAUUUAAAGAAAGUAUGGUGAUUUUAAAUUUUGAAUCUUGCUUACAGCAAUAAUGGAUCUUUCCGGAGUGUCAAUCAAACUUGAUAACUGACCAAUCAGAACAGGUCCCGGAAUAAGCGCGCGUCUCACAAACACACGUGUGUUGUUGUCCCACAAACGCACGUACGUGUUUUUGCGAAUGUUUUAGCACUUUUGUGGGACCUUAGCAACAAUAUCCAAGGGGCGGGGCUUAGCGAAAAGGUCUAUUAAGCAACAGUAAUGACAACAUAGCAGUAACAGUACUGUUAAUUGAUUUUGAAAGAAACUUAUUAAACUACAAUAAUAAUCACAUAUUAACUUUAUUACGACCACUGACAAUGUUCUGUAAAUACAAAUAUAGAAAGACAGAAAUGUUUUGCCUUUUCAAGUAUAACAGUAAUAACAACAUAGCAGUAACAGUACUGUUAAUUGAUUUUGAUAAGAAACUUAUUAACUACAAUAAUAAUCACAUAUUUACUUUAUUACGACCACUAAAAAUGUUCUGUAAAUACAAAUAUAGAAAGACAGAAAUGUAUUGCCUUUUCAAGUAUAAUUUUAAUAGGCCUUUUCCACGAAUCGGUUAGACAUCUUGAAGUGAUGACAAACAUUGCGAAUCAGCGGUGUGUAACCAACAGAAAUAAGAUAAGCUUUUGGGCUGAUUUUCUGACAUCAUGUUAUUUAAAAAAUCAUAACUCCAUAACGGGACGUCGUAUCGAAAAACUUUUCUCAGCAAAAUGUUCUUAAAAGACUAGUCUACACCACUAUAUGAUUGAAAAAUUGAAAAAAUGUUUUUGAUAUAUGAAAUCAAGUAGUGUAUUAACAUAGGUCUAUGCAUUACAGUGCAGUAGUACUAGUAAUACUUAGGACUAGCAUUGUUUUAGUUACCAUAUGAGAGUUUCCUGUGUUAAAAACAUGAUUUACUAUACUAUACUUCUUUAUAAAA